AUGGAGCAGCAGGACGCGUUAGUAGACGUGAUCCGCGCGAUUAUUGGGCCUUGUGAGGUGUCACGUGAACGCAUUUUAUCGCUUCUUAAGAAGGCGGAAAACGAUCCAAACAAGGCCGUGGACCUUUUCUUUCAGUCAGAGACGUCAGAAAGCGCCUGCUUUACGACCAAUGACGUGGAAGGCUCAGACGACGAAGACGCGGGUGAUAUGGCUUGGGCUGACAUGUCCGCCAAAACGCCGAAUUCACAGGAACUGGAAGCGAAGGCUUCAAGUCUAAAUGCCGAGUGGACGCAUCAGGCUGAGGAGCUUGCCGGUUUAUUGGGUGGAGAAGUUAAGCGUGACGUUAUUUUGAGUCUUCUCAGUCGCACUGCUAAUGAUCUGAACAAGGCAGUAGAAAUCUACUUUUCGGAAAAUGAACAUACAGAUUUUGAUGAAGGAAGCGACGAUGAGGACGAUGUUUCUGCCGUGGUUGAGACGCCGCAGCUGCCGACAGUCUCGAGUCGCGAAACCGGGGGAGAUGUUCCGCCAUCGCCUACCAGCUCUGCCAAGGCAGUAUUGCCGCAAAUGGGAGAUGAUGAAAUCGCUCCAACGACAUCGCAGUCAAAAAAUGGGCUGCCUCAGAAUUCAUCGUUAUUCAUGUCAGAUAAAGCGCUACACCCACUAUCAUCACCAGUUGGUAAGUGUAUGCCGAUAGUCGACGGCGUGAAGGUUGCUCCUCCAGUCAGUAAUGCACAGGAUGAAGAAGCAUUGUAUGGACCCGAUACGUAUGAAGUGAUUAUGACGACUGGCAACUUUCGGUGGCAAAUCGGCAGUAUUUUUGGGCGUGCGGUGGUGCAGCAAGUUCAGCCAGGUGGCCCUGCAGCACUUGCUGGUAUUCAAAAGUCCGACGUAUUGCUUUCAUUUCGUGAAACAAUACUUAACGAGGAAAAUUGUGCUGCAGUCGUUCAGCAACUGUCAAAUGAGUGUGUUCUUGUUCCGUCGGCCCUUCGUUUUCGCCGUGCGUCUGAAAUAACUGCUACCGCGAAAAAUUUGCCAGCACGAGACAGUGAUGGCGAUGUAGUUAUGGCGUUGGCGGAUGCCGAAAUUAGUGUUCUGAAUGAGUCAGUUGAUCCCAAGUACGGUCUUCAAGUUCUUUGCCAAGCUGUGGAUUCCAUAAAAGAGGCUGUGGCUGGUCCAGCAGCAGUGGAGUUGAACGUUUUGGUUGAUCUGCUGUUCAAUUCUGAUUUAAGUAUGGAUCGCGCGGUGAAUACCUUCCUUAAUGAGGACCGCAUUGUGAGUGACUUCCGUGGAGUCAUCGGAUAUGAUUGGAAUCCAGAACAGCCUGUUUCUACGGUAAUGGGCGGUAAGAUGCCCUAUUCUGCGUCCAUUCCUACUGGACCGCUCGGUCUCACGGUCGAAAACAUUCUAGAGCGAACUGUAGUCGUGGACAUCAAAUCAGGAGGCGCAGCUGAGCGUGCGAAUGUUAAGCGCUUAAGCUGGCUUGUUGGUCUAAACGGCCAGCGCGUUACAUAUCUUACACAUAGGGAGACUUUGCGCCUCAUUGAGACCGCUUCGCGUCCCUUACAGCUGCAACUCAUCAUUGUCCCGCCCGACAAGUAUAAGGCACUUCGCAGACAGCUUUCUAUGAAUAUUCGUCAACAGAAGACUGAACGUCCGAUUCCGGAGCAGGACCGAAUGUCGUUUCGUGUCUUUCAGAUGAAGAUGCAUCAAGGCGUGCUGGUAUUCCCAAAGAUUGUGACUAAGGCCUUAUUCCAAUACCUCAGCUCUGAGGAGUAUCACCCUCCAACCAUGGACCCUCAGUAUGCAAAUCCUUUGGAAAGGUUACUUCCAGCAAACGAAGCGUGGGACAUUGCUUUGCUUCACGAUAUUGAGAUUUUGGAGGAGGAACGUGUCGGUGAAAUGUGCGCCGAACGCCGGUUUUUGCUGAAUUUGUUUGCCUCGAUUCACGAUUACGAUGAUAAAGGAGAAAGCACAGUUAUUCGGACCAUCCAAUUUCUGGGAUGGCUUGCAGUUCGCACUGCAAAGAUGCAGCAGUUUCUGAAUGCAAAGAAACCUCUCAAUAAUGAAGGGGCUAGCAAACACCAUCGUUAUGAAUUGUUGCUUGCCGUGGUGCUUCACGUGCUAGAAAGCUUAUCAAUCAUUGAGAAUCACGCAACUUGGGACGUAAUGGUGAACGCUUUGAAGAUGCUUAUUUCUUCAUUGACGGAUAUUGACAUAGACAAGUUAUUUGUGCCAAUGUCUGCACGGCUCAGCAUAAGCUCUAGCCCCACAGCAAGAAUCGUUCCCGUGGCUCUUCUAUCCAUGAUUUAUCCACACGUUCGUGGCGAUGUACGAGUUCAGCUGCGUGGUAUGCUUGACCGCAUGUGCAACGAUGACAAUCCUUUAGUACGUCGGGCUGUAAUCUCUGUCAUAGGCGAUUUAGCUGCAGCGGGCGGUCCGUCUGUGGCUUCCUGGACCGUUCAGCUGCUUGAGAAGUCGACGGCGGAUAGCCAUGACAUUGUUCGGAUUUUUGCUGUCAAAGGCUGUAUCACGCUAGCUACAACUUUGCGCCGUCUUAUCUGCGAAGAUCAGCAGAUGUCGCCGGUGGAGGCUGAGCGUGCUUUGCGCCUGCUUUAUUGCCAGAUGGUGCCUCUGGUGAACACGUAUACAUCGGAUUCCUCAUGGCAAGUGCGGUUAGAGUCUGCACGAACCGUACCUGCAUUCUGUCGAGCAUUUGGUGUGAAUUACACAGACAUUUUUGUGGAUCAUUUUGUGUCAAUGGUUAGUGAUCCAACUGUGGAAGUUCGUCGUGCAUGCGCUGAGAAUUCCUUUUUUCUUGGUAAAGCGCUGCGAGAUAAUGCAGUGGAGCGAGCGCAUCCUUUUAAAUCGAGCGCAUCAGCUACGUCAGAAGUAAUCCAGUCCAAUGGGGUCUUGUUCAGCGAAACGUCUGAGUCUUUAGUUGUUGCACAAAAUAAAUUUGUACGUAGCGUAUUACCGGCGACAUAUACGCUUUCAACUGAUGUUUCCGUGGCUGUAAGACUGUCUCUGGCUCAGUCUGUUGGCCGCUCACUACAAUUUAUCAGCAGUGCAUACUACGAUGAGCUGGUGCCGAUUUUUACUCAAUUUUUAGAUGAAAGCCAACAUGCAACUGUGCGCGCAUCACUUUUGGAAGAAAUGGCGCGUUACUGCGACAGUUCGUCGGACGCUGUAAUAGCCAUGAUUUUUCCAGCAAUUGAGGCACUGCGUACCUCAAAUCAAUGGCGUGUACGAGUAAAGUAUGUUCACUGCGUGGCUGCCUGGGCUGAGCGUGAAGAUGGUGCCAAGUUACCCGGUGAAUUUGCGGAUGCAUGUCUAGAUCUUUUGAGUGACGCGGUCAAUGAAGUUCGUGUAGUGGUGUGUGAAAAGCUUCCCUCAUUUGGAAAAUCGUUAGGUAGUGAGUGGGUGGCCGAAAAGUGCAUACCUCGUGUAUCUGUGUGCCUUCAGUCUACAUUUCACGGGAGGCUAACAGGAUUGUUGGCUGUUGAGGUUCUUGCUCCCGAUUUGCUCAAGAUGGAUAAACUGAGAGGUAUUAUUGAGAUGGUUCUAGAGCAGUGUUCGUCAGUGACAGCGAAUUUGCGUUUCCGCGCUCUGCGUACUCUUGGGCUUCUCGUGCCGAUGCUGAACGACCCUGUAAUUACUGAAAAUACUCUAAAGAUUGUUCGUCCUCUAGCUUCCGUGGAAACUGAAGGUGAUCCGGAUGUUCGCGAAGCUGCUGAAGCAACGCAGACGCUGCUUGAAAGUGUGCUAAACUAG